AUGCCAGCGUCCGCAAGCUCUUCCUCGGAGAGGAGCUGGCCACGGUGGCGGCGGGGGGUUGUGGGCAGUGCUCCCUCUUCAGUUCGGGGCGCAUCCCCAGGUGCGUAUUCCCAGCAGCGUGGUGCUGGCCGCUAUGAUCAAUGCACGCCUCCUUGCAAAAACGACGGUGGACCCGUGUCGCAGUGGGACCGUUUUCCUUGCAGCCACCAAAUUGGCUCCGGUAGCUUUGGGAAUGUGUUUCUCUGCCAUGACAUGCUGCCCGGAAGUAUGUGGUAUCGAAAACCUGUGGCUGUGAAGGCGAUGCUGCUGGAGACACUCUCUGAUAGUUCGGUGGUCCUCAUCAUGAACGAGGUGGCAAUACUGCGACACCUGAGACACCCGCACAUUCUGCGGUACGUGGAUAGCUUUAUUGAUGAGGAUAAGCAGCUGUGUUUGGUCGCCGAGUACGCAGAGGGCGGGGAGUUGACAUCGCUUUUGCGACGCCCCACUGAACUCGAUGGGGGAGGCGACAGCCGACUGUCUCACCAAUCGCCUUCACUGGAGGAAGGCGUGAUAGACGAUGGGCAUGGUUGGAACCAGCCAGCAGCUCUCGCAAGUGGUGUUAUGCAAAGUCAGACACCAUGGCUGACGGGGUUCACGCUGGGCGGCACGCAUGAGGGGAAGGCGGCGCCUCUGCAGGCUUGGAUUGAGUCGUACCGCAUUGCUGACAUUGUGCGACAGUGUCUGGAGGCUCUGUCGUACCUCCAUCAAAACUAUAUCAUUCACCGCGACAUCAAGCCAGCCAACGUGUACCUCAGCAAAGGUGGUACAGUAAAACUUGGGGACUUUGGCGCGAGCAAACUGCUAAGCUUGACAGAUCCGUUUGCCAACACGUUUAUCGGGACGCCCUUCUACCUUUGUCCAGAACUUUGCCUUGGUGAGCCGUACUCGUUUGGGGCGGACAUCUGGGCAUUGGGUGUCCUCACCUACGAGAUGUACUGCAAGAAGCUUCCCUUUGUGGCAGACAACGUUUUAGCGCAAAUUCAUGUCAUCACGGAAGGAGAAUACGAUAGGGAGGCUCUGCAUCGCCCACAUGUUUUCACUGCACCAGAGCUGCAGUCAUUGGAAGCGCUGUACGGGAGUGCCUUUACACAGCAAGAAAAGAGUUUGCACACGCUGGUGGUUGCCCUGGUGGAGCGCAUGCUUGUAGUGGAUGCACUGGAACGGCCAUCUGCAUUGCAGCUGUUGCGGGAGUUUUUUUUCGCCGACCCUUUGUCUGGUUCCAUGAGCACAGGGAGUCAGCUGCCCUCGCGGGAGUCCUUAUUUCACGUUGACAGUUCGAGAAUGCGGCGGAGCAUUUCGCAGAGCUCAACCCCGCGCCCCCGAACAUCAACCACCGAGAACACCUCGGGGACAACAACAACAACAACGGAGGCGGCGGCAUUGCUUGUACGUUGCGUGAGUCAGUCGUAUGAAGCAUUGCUUGAACAUCUGCCAAACGAGCGACGGAACGACGUCUUGCAGGCGGCGUCACGCUCAGUCUCCCCGAUUUGCUACGCGUGGCCGAGUGCUUCCGUAUUGCAGGGCAACAGGGACGCGGUGGACUUGGGCGAGGCUCCGCAUUCUGACACAUGUCAGAUGACGUUAUCUGAGAUGAUGGGGAAAAUCCCGUGGCUGCGGCACGCGGAAGCGUUUUCGUCGCUCAGCCUGCUCGAGGGCCAAGACGAUGAUGUGGUGCGGGUGGAUUGGAUGGACAAUGAACACUUUUCACUGGUGACGCCCCACCAAAGGCGCCGUUUGUUGUCGUCUCCGUGCCCCGUCUACGAUGGCGAGGGGGGCGUGUGCUCGCUGGAGACGCGUGAGGCGACGCCAACAGCGGGGCAUAAAGUGGCGGGUGGAAGCAAGGACGAGGCUGAGACGCAGGUGCCUGCUAUACCGUCAGUCCAGGUAGUAGGUGUCGUUGAGGAGUUGCAGCGGCCACCGAUUCUCGCAGAGCGUUUUGCGUCCCUGAACGAUAACCCGGUGGAGGAGGGGGAACAGCAGCGGCAGAGGCAGCCCGGGGGUGUCGGGCGUUGCCAAGGCCUUUCCACGGAGGUGUUGGAGGCGAUGUUGCGCAGGAAGAUCAUGGCAAGCCAAGCCCACCGGCAAUUGCGACUCAAGGCGAUGCGGGAGGCACACGCUCUGCGCGAUAAGGAAAAUUUGAGGCUGCAGGCGGAGCUCAACGAACUGUACGCCAAGUCCUUUUCUGAGAAGCGUAUGCAAAUGAUUGCACACGGAGAGGAGUCGGAGAUGAACACCACAAUGAAACUCCCAGAAACUUUUGCGUCAACGCAACGCCCACGCUCCACAGCCGCGGAUGCGGUGGGGGCGGUAGCAGCCUCGACCGUUGAGGGCGAGUUUGCGAAGACGGCGGGGCUUGAGCGCACUCUCAAUCGCCUGGCUGCCACUUCCAACGCCUCAAUGCAAAGCCAUCACGGCGGGAACUCGACCCUUCUCGCAAAUGAAGUGGUGCGGCUCGCGCUGGAUGCGGCCGCCGUGGCAGAGCGCUGUGCGAAGUGGACGAUGCGGCCCCCAGCGCGGUUGGACUUCAGCAAAUACCCGGUGGACGAGGUGGAUCGUCGCAGCACCUCCUCCGUGGCGGACACAGAGCGGGGAAUAAACACGAAGGUGUAUGAUACGCCUGUAACACUCUGCAUUGUACGGAACGAGACGUACAUUACACGAGUCGAUACACCCUCAGCGCCAAGUGGGGCCGACGACGCUGCGGGAGCGCUGUUACUUCCCAUGACUGUGACACUAAAGCCAAUUAGACGACGCACGCGUCUUGACGGUAUCGUGUGGCGGGUAAAAUUGGCCUUGAAGGCCUACGGUCUCGAUUAUGUGCUCCUCUUUCCACUUGACAUUGACGACGUGGAGGAGGUGGACGCAGAAGAACUUGGACUUCGCUACCUUGACUGCGUGGGCGACGUUGUUGUGAUUUCAGAGGCCUCGGAGUGGUCCUACGUUAGACGAGAUUGGUACCAACGCAAAAAUUUACCCUGGAUGCAGCUUUAUAUGGUCAUGCAGUAG